AUGGAUGUCUCUCAGGCCGUCUCGGGCUACAUCUCCAAGAUGAUGUUGGCCUCUGGCGAUGCCUCAUCCUCGAAAAUGAAGGUCCUGUUGCUGGACAAAGAGACCAUUUCCAUCGUCUCAACGUCCAUCACGCAGUCCGCGUUGCUGGACUAUGAGAUCUACCUCAUCGACCGCCUGGACAAUGCUGCCCGUGAGAAGAUGCGCCAUCUUCGCUGUAUAUGCCUGGUGCGGCCCUCAUCGGAGACCAUCCAGCUGCUCAUAGACGAGCUCCGGGAGCCAAAGUAUGGAGAAUACUACCUAUUCUUCACCAACGUAGCGAAGAAGUCUGCACUCGAGCGCCUUGCCGAGGCAGACGAUCAUGAAGUUGUCAAGGUGGUGCAGGAGCAUUUCGCUGAUUACAUCGUCAUCAAUCCGGACCUGUUCAGCUUCAACAUGUCUCUUCCGCAGCAAAGGAUAUGGGCCGGCAGCCCCGACAAAUGGAACCCUGAUUCACUGCAACGCUGCUCCGAGGGUCUCAUAGCGGUUCUUCUCUCCUUGAAGAAGAAGCCAUUGAUCCGCUACGAAAAGAGCAGCUCUCUUGCUACAAAACUAGCCUCUGAAGUGCGCUACCUAAUGACAAAGGAAGACCAACUGUUUGAUUUCCGCAAAGUUGAUACGCCUCCCUUACUGCUUAUUUUGGAUCGCAGAGAGGAUCCGAUAACACCCCUGCUUACCCAGUGGACUUACCAAGCAAUGGUUCAUCAUCUGCUUGGCAUUAAAAAUGGCCGAGUCGACCUGAGUGAUGUUCCAGACAUUCGACCUGAACUGAAAGAGAUUGUGCUCUCUCAAGAUCAAGAUCCUUUUUUCAAGAAGAAUAUGUUUUUGAACUUUGGUGACUUGGGCGGAACCAUCAAGGAAUACGUUGAGCAGUACCAGUCCAAAACAAAGAAUAAUGCCAAUAUCGAAUCCAUUUCCGACAUGAAGCGGUUUAUCGAAGAGUAUCCAGAGUUUCGGAAGCUCUCAGGAAACGUGAGCAAGCACGUCACUCUCGUCUCCGAGCUCAGCCGCAGAGUUGCUGCGGAGAGCCUACUGGAAGUUAGUGAACUCGAGCAGAGCCUGGCUUGCAACGAUAACCAUGCCUCCGACCUAAAGGCCAUACAAAAAGUUAUUCAAAACCCUAAUGUACCGGCUGGGAGCAAAGUCGGGGUAGUAGCUCUAUAUGCCUUGCGCUACCAGAAGCACCCUUCAAGCGCACUCCCAAUGCUCAUGGACCUUCUCGUUGCGGCUGGCAACGUAUCUCCAAGACAGUCGGAUUUGGUCAAGAAGGUCUUGGCCUAUCACUCCUCAUUACAUACUUCGGAGUCUCGAGGUGGCAUCUCGGACAUAUUUGACUCAGCCGGCAUAUUUUCGGGCACGGCAAACCGCUUCAAAGGCCUCAAGGGCGUGGAAAACGUCUAUACACAACACAGCUCGCUGUUAGAAGGCACUUUACAGAACCUCAUCAAGGGUCGAUUAAAAGACCAGCAGUAUCCAUUCGUCGAAGACAGCGCCCCCACUAGAGAUAAGCCGCAAGACAUUAUCGUUUUCAUGGUGGGAGGCGUUACGUAUGAGGAGGCAAAAAUGAUUGCUGGAGUAAACGCUACCAUGCCUGGAGUGCGUGUGGUUCUUGGCGGCACAACAGUUCACAACACGACGACGUUUUUGGAGGAGGUUGAGGACGCGAUUGCUUUAUUGCGUCCACGAUCAUUUCACUGGCGACCAAUUCUUAGGCAUCGUCGGUUUGCCACAGUCACAGAUAACCACAGAGCCUUUGAUGUUGUCGUUAUAGGUGGUGGCCAUGCCGGUGCAGAGGCAUGUGCUGCUGCUGCGAGAGCCGGUGCGCGGACGGCCCUCGUUACGCCCAAGCUCGAUAAUCUGGGAACAUGCUCCUGCAACCCGAGCUUCGGAGGAAUCGGCAAGGGAACAAUCAUUCGAGAGAUUGAUGCUCUAGAUGGUUUGGCUGGGAGGAUCAUCGACAAGGCUGGUGUCCAAUUCCAUCUGCUGAACCGUAGAAAGGGACCGGCUGUGUGGGGUCCACGAGCGCAGAUCGAUCGAGACUUAUACAAGAAGUACAUGAGAAGCGAACUCGAAUCAUAUCCGAACUUGUCAAUUGUCCUCGAAAGCGUAUCGGAUAUCGUCUUAUCGGAGAGCAAAGGCUCUACUGAGGGAUCAAAAGGUGCUAUUGCUGGUGUCCGAUUAGAAAAUGGCGAAAUACUCCAAACUGGAAGAGUAGUCAUCACUACGGGAACAUUUCUGGGAGGCGAAAUACACAUUGGACUGGAGGCGUAUCCGGCAGGCCGCAUUGGAGAGGCGGCGACAACGGGCUUGAGCAAAUCACUGCGAGACGCUGGCUUCCAGCUGGGACGGUUGAAGACAGGAACCCCACCACGACUUGAUAAGUCAUCUAUCAACUUUGAUAUACUCCAACGCCAGUUUGGUGACGAUCCUCCAGCUCCCUUCAGCUACCUGAAUACAGAGGUGGCCGUUCGAGAUCAACUCACUUGCAGCAUUACGUUUACGAAUGACGCCUCGCACAAGAUUGUUCAAGACAACCUGGACAAAUCUAUUCACAUUCGAGAAACGGUCAAGGGACCGCGAUAUUGCCCCUCGCUAGAGUCAAAAGUCAUCCGAUUCGCAGACAAGGAACGUCACAUCGUAUGGCUUGAGCCAGAAGGCUUUGACAACCCAAUCAUAUACCCUAAUGGACUAUCCAUGACAAUACCCGCUGAAGCCCAAGAGCAAGUACUGCGCUCAAUACGAGGCCUGGAGGAAGUCAAGAUGCUCCAGCCUGGCUACGGAGUUGAAUACGACUAUGUUGACCCUCGAGGCUUGAAGUCUACCCUUGAAACAAAGGCGAUUGAUGGGCUUUAUCUAGCAGGACAGAUCAACGGCACAACAGGCUACGAAGAGGCUGCCGGCCAAGGAAUUAUUGCCGGCAUGAAUGCCGGACGAUCUGCUCUGGGCUUACCCGGCGCCUCACUAUCUAGAUCUGAUGGUUACAUUGGUAUCAUGAUUGACGAUUUAAUCACCAAGGGUGUUACAGAGCCCUACCGCAUGUUUACAUCUAGGAGCGAAUUUCGGAUGGCGGCUAGAGCGGAUAAUGCUGACCUUCGACUGACAGAAAAGGGACGGGAGUGGGGCGUCGUCUCUGAUCACAGAUGGAGCGUCUUCUCAGAUGAGAAGCAGCAGAUUCUAGAUCUCACAAAAUCGCUUGGUGCCGUAUCUCUGGCGCCAGAUGAGUGGAUGCAAGCAGGAUUCCAGGUGAAGAGGAGUUCUCAGCGCCGCACUGGCAUCGACAUGCUGAGGCUCUCCAACACCGGGGAGCGAGUCCAGCUUGACCAGCUCAGCUCAGUCGUGCCCGAGAUCCUCAACUACCCGCCGCGCAUUCGAGAGAGAGUCGUCAUUGAAGCGGCUUACGCCCCUUAUAUCAAGAUGCAGGCAGCCGAGCGCGGACAGUUUGUGAAUGACGAGAACAUCCGCCUCCCGCUAGACCUGGACUACGAUGGCAUCCCGGGCCUGGCCUUGUCAGAAAAGGAAGUUCUUAGGAGGACGCGGCCCGAGACCCUCGCGCAGGCUCGCCGUGCAGAAGGCGUAACCCCUUCCGGAUGCAUUCGAUUGCUUGCUUACAUUCGCCGCCAAGGCUCGUCAUCUACAGGGGCGGCGACGCUUCUUGGAUCUGAGAGAAGCCCAUUGGAAGCUCAGUUGCCAUGA